CAGUGUGAAUGUGUAAGUUCACAGUUUGAGGAAGAUGCUUAUUUCUUAACAUUUUCACAUUGACUACUUCCUAUAGACUAAAUAGUGUUCACGUUCAACUGCAGACGAUGUUAAAACAUUCAGCAGACAUAGUCUGAAGGCACCUUUAUUUUCUCCUGAAAAGCAUCUGCACUAUACUACUAGAUUUGACCUGAUUUCCACUGUGCAUCAGAGGGAUUUUUUGUAAACAAGAAUGCAGAUCAUUGCAGCCCUGCUUCUUAUUUUAACUGUAAAAGUUGCCCUCGGACAGGACCACAGAGUGGAUGUUAGAGGACAGAUAUUUCCAUUGGAUAUGGCACCGAAUUCUGUUGACGACCAAUAUGAGGGUUGUACAAACAGCAUGAGAAACCUGGUGGAGACAGUAUUUCUACAGAAAGAAAUCUCUGGGAGUUCUACAUUUGCAGACGCUUGGAGAGAAGGUGAAACGAACGCCAAAGAACCAGAAAAGAACUUGAUCAAGAACCAUUCAGUUGCCAUUUAUGUGUACACUGAUUUAAAUGUGCACGGUAGUUUCAAUACUGCUACUCGUAAUGAUAAAGAAAAAUACAAAAACAUGACAUACGAAUGGUAUUCACUUCACUUUUUAUUGACUGAAGCUAUACAGAUUCUAAAGAAAUCACAAAAGAAAUGCAAAGUAACUUAUCGUGGUACCAAAUUUGAAUAUGAUAAAAACGUUCUGAACAAGGAGGUUCGUUUCGGCUCAUUUACAUCCUCUUCAACUGAAAAAGAAUUAGCUGUGCGUUUUGGAAAGGUAUCUUGUUUUAAAAUUAAAACUUGCAAAGGUGCUGAAGUGACAAAAUAUUCUAAGCUACCUUAUGAGAAAGAGGUGCUGAUUCCCCCAUAUGAGAAGUUUAGAGUUACUUCUAUCAAUACAAAUAAAACCUGGUGUAAUACUGUGUACAAGCUGAAAAGUUCUGGAACAUUCAGUGAGCUGAACUGUUCAGUGGCAUCAGCUGCACCAGUCUGAGACAGAGGCGACCUAAUCAGCUGCAUCAGUCGAGUCCCAGAUACAUCACAGCUGUCAAUCAUUCUGGCUUGCAUGCUUUCACAUAUUUAUCCAUUGCUUUUUGCUUACAUUAAAUGUCCUGUGACCACACAUUAGUUGAAUUCCACAUUAAUGUGCCAGGUUAAAGCAUUGUUUGGAAAAUAAAAUAUAUUGCUAAGCACAAGAAUUGUUUGUAAAUUAUUAUUAAUAAUAAAUGUGCUUAUUGAUCAUUGUUGCUGCUCUUGGCUGUGUUACAGUGAUUUUUACUAUGGUAAAGGGUUUUUAAAUCUCAACAUCCCUUAACUGUGGUAAAAUCGCUGUAACAAAUGGCCUUAUUGUUUCAUUAAUUAAAGAGUCAAAAUGUAUAGGCAACCCAGUGUUUUUACAUUGUGUGUGAGUACCCAAAAAAAGCAAGGGAGAGCUAGUAAAUUAGUAUAACAUUAUAAAAUGUGAUAUGGCAUUUAUAUAGAUGGACAUGUGAUAAGAUGUACAUCAUCCAAUAAAAAUGAAAGAAACCAUGAUUAACCAAUGAGCAAUGAAUAUCUGGGUGGUCAGAUAAUAAUAAUAAUAAUAAAAAAAAAAUCCUAACUUACAGGAAAUUGUGUAUAUUUCUUCUUAGAACAACUAUUAACCUUCGUUCCGGACAUUGAUAGACCAAAAAUAUUUGCUAAUGAAGCAAGUAGAUAGCAGGUGUUGUUUUCUGGAGUUAUUUGAGUAAAAUGAUGCUUACAUCUUCAAUAUCAAUCUUAAAACAUGCCAUAUUGACCACUUAAUGUAUAGGAAUUAUAAGCAACUGAUGGUUAUUGACUUUAUCCUCGUGUUACCCUGCGUCCACAUGUGUGGACGUUUUAUUUUGGCUUCGCUAUACGCAACGCAUAAUUUAAAUUAAUUCAAACUGCUGAAUA